CACCGCGCGCCUCGGUGGCGGCCCGUGCGCGGGGCUGGGGCGGGAGAGCCCCCCGGGAUGUGGCUCUGACGGCCGCCGUGCCCCCAUGGCCGCACACCUCGUUCGCCGGUGCUGCCGGCGCCUGCUGCUCCCGGGCCCCCGCGGGCUCCCCCGGCCGCCCCCCGGGGCCGCCCCCGGCCCGGGCAGGGCCCCCCCCGCGGCCGCCCCCCGCUCCCUGCGCACCGGCCCCCCCCGGUGGGCCGAGACCCCCCAGGCACAGCCGCGGGAGGAGGGGCCGGAGCAGCAGCUCCGGGAGCUGAUCCAGGGAGCCAGCGACCCCCAGGAGCUGCUGCAGCUGUGCGGGAGGCACGGGCUGAGCAGCAACCUGGCGGGCAUGGCCAUCGCCCGCCUCGCCCGCCUCGCCCACGGGCACCCCGAGGCACCGGCCAUCCACGGGGACCCCCGGCUGCUGCGGCUGCUGGACACCCUGGACGGGCAGAUCUCUCAGGUGUGGAACGUGACGCUGGUGCAGGUGCUGCGGGCGCUGCCCGCGCUGGGGCUGCCCCGUGCCGGGCGCCAGGUCCGCUCGGUGGAGCAGGAGGUGCUGUGGCGGCUGCGGCGGCUCCCCCUGCGCCAGCUGGUGCAGCUGGCAGAGCACCUGGCGGGGCACAGGGACAGCCCCCUCCUGCCCGAGGUGCUGCGCAAGCUGGAGCUGCGCUGGACGGAGCUGGAGGGCACACGGACCGUGGUGACGCUCAUGGCCAAGGUGGGACACCUGGCACCCGCCCUCAUGGAGCGCCUGGAGGACAAGGCCCUGGAGCUGGCGGAGCAGCUGGAUGUGGAUGAGAUCCGGCGCAUGGCCGUGGCCCUGGCGCUGCAGCAGCGCCGCUGUGUGCCCCUGCUGCGGGCACUGUCCUACCACCUGCUGCAGAAACCCCCCGAGCUGGGGCUGCCCGUGCUCACAGACCUGCUCUUCGCCUACAGUAAGCUGAACUUCCAGCAGCCCCAGGUGCUGCACAGGCUGUCCCUGGAGCUGCAGCCCCACCUGGGGGCUCUCACACCUGCCCAGGUGUCACGCUGUGCCCGCUCCUUCGCUGCCCUGCGCUGGCUCAGCCGCCCCCUCGCCGAGGGCAUCGCACAGUAUUCCCUGGAUAACACCCAGGCCAUGUCUGUUGCCCACCUCUGUGCCAUCGUCGUGUCCUUCGCCCGCCUCAACUUCCAGCCCAGCUCCGGCGAGGAAUUCUUCACCAUGCUCCAUGAGCAGCUCCAGGGGCAGGGGCAGCAGCUGGAUCCUCACGUGCUGACGGACCUGGUGUGGUCACUGUGUGUCCUGCAGCAGGCCCGGCCCCCCUACCUGCGCCAGGUGCUCAACCCCGACUUCCACACCCGCCUCCGAGGUGACACGUCCCCGCGGGCGCAGAGCUCGUGGCAGAAGCUCGUGCACAUCAACGCCACGGCCCGGCUGGAGACCCCGGGCUACCGAGGGCCCUUCCUGCCCCCCGAGGCGCUGGGGGGGGACGGGGACAGGGACAAGGACAAGGACAAGGCCACCCCCCUGCAGCAGGGGCUGCGGGAGGCGCUGCCGGGGGCCCUGGGGGGCCGCGACCUCGGGCGCUACGACGUGCACACGGUGUUCGGCUGGGACAUCGAUGCCGAGGUGGUGCUGGACAGCGACAACAAACCCCUGCCCGUGGGGGACUUCACUGCCCCCCACCUGCCCCACUGCCAGGGGGCAAAGCCACUGCCCCCAGGGGCCAAGAGGCUGGCGUUCCUGCGCUGGGAAUUCCCGCAGUUCAGCUCGCGGGGCCGGGAGCUGCUGGGCCGGGGGGCCCUGGCACGGCGACACCUGCGCAGGGCCGGCUUCCUGCUGGUGGAGGUGCCCCACUACGAGUUCCUGGAGCUGAAGCUGGAGCGGCAGCGCGUGUCCUACCUGAGGGACAAGGUGGCCAAGGCCGUGGCCAGCGACAUGGCCACCGACACGGCCCCCAACACGGCUGCCUAGCCCUGCCCGUGGCCACCUCCCCCGGCCAGAGGGCUGUGACACUGUGCCAGGGUGACCGGGUCACCACGCCGAGGUCACCGGGUCACCACGCCGAGGUGGCCGAGCCGCCGUGCCCAGGUGGCCACGUCACCACACUGAGGUGGCCACAUCGCUGGGUCACUGUGCCCAGGUGGGGCCAGGUGGCCACAGCGAGGUCACUGUGUCCCCAAGUGGCUCCAGCAUCGCUGCUCUGUGUCACAAACGGCUCAAAUAAACCCCAAAUGUACAGGGA